AUGUUGCCCGUGGAUACUGUGCGGCAACGUGGCAACAUGAAAGAAUGCGGACACGUGCCUGAGAGAGCCCUGCUGAAGGAUUGUCUCUUAAAGAAAAGACAAUCCUUCAGCAGGGCUCUCUUGGAGUCGGACGCACCCGGUAUACCCUCCCUUUGGUCGGGGUCCAGCUUUCGGCCCUUUGCGAACCACGUCGUGGGGAUCAACUGUCUGCCGCAGCUGCUUCAGUUCCUUCUCGGCAACGUGCUCUUGGGCAUCGACGGCCGACAGCUCCUCGAACUCCGCCAGAGCAGAGAUUUGGAUUUCCACUUUCGGGAUUCGGAGGCUAAGAUUCGAGUUUCCAGAUUGGUGAUCACGGAUUUGGGAAUCGAGGGUCAGCUGUGA